UCUCUUGUCAAAUUAUUCUUUCCCAUUUCUCUCUCUCUAUCUCUCUCUCUCUCUUUUAUGGCUAACGUUCAAGGCGCCGGCCAAGAUGUGGCCGGAAAUGGAAUCAAGCUAUUUGGGACGACGAUAACAUUGCAGAGUAGAUCACAGGUGAAGGAGGAAGAAGAGAAGGGGGAUGAUCAAACGGUGGAGAAGAGGCCAGAUAAGAUCAUACCAUGCCCGAGAUGCAAGAGCAUGGAGACUAAGUUUUGUUACUUCAAUAACUACAACGUCAACCAGCCGAGGCAUUUCUGUAAGGGCUGCCAGAGGUACUGGACCGCCGGUGGGGCUCUCAGGAACGUGCCGAUCGGUGCCGGCCGCCGGAAAACCAAGCCGCCGCCUCGCGGGCUUGGUGGGUUCUCUGAGGGUUGCUUGUAUGAAUCUGCUGAUGGGCUGCAACAGUUUGACUUCGAUGGAGUCGUCGAGGGGUGGCAUGUCAUGGCCGCCGCACAGGGCGGUUACCGGCAUGUUUUUCCGGCGAAACGGCAGAGGAGUGGCUUAGGCCAAAAUCAAUCCGAUCCGACGGCUAUAAUCCAAAUUUAUCCAACUUGAUGAGGGAACGGGAGAUCAAUGGAUGCUAAUUCAUCUUGAUACGGGCAAAGUGGAUGGCAUGAAUGGAUCAGUGCAAUCGCAUGAAUGUAUGGUAUCCGAUGGUGUUGAUAUAUGUGGGCCAAGACCAUCAUGAUUUUACAUAAACGUUUCUGAUUGUACGUUGACUGUAAAUUUAGGGUGUUGAUAUUAA